CAGGCAUUGAUGGAUUGUUUGGUUAAACAACAAAAUGUUCAAAAUCACAAAUUGUAAUGAAAGAUAAACGUUUUUUGAUGUUUCCAAGUUUUUUAUUGAUACAUAACCUAACAGGUUUCAGCACGUUGUGACAAAUAAAUGUUAUGUGUUAUAAAUUUCAAAGAAGCUUGAUUGAAAAGUCUAAAUUGAUGAUAAAUCAAAUUUUUAAUAAUAUUGUGAAAUGUUCGAAACACCAAAUAAUAUAGUCUAGUUACUUGUAAUAGCUGAUGAUUACAAAAACGAAAUAUUUUGAAAACGUGGUCUGAACAGAUACAUACAAGUUUUUUUCCAAACACACAAAUCAAAAUAAUGACAAAGCCGAAUUCAAAUUUAGAACGCACAAAACACUUGACUAAUAUUAGGGAUUGAAUGAAUUACCAAACUAAGUAAUAUAUUUGAAGGAUUGAAAAGAAAACAAUGGAUAAAAUAGAUUGAACGCUGUGACAAGACAAAUUGAUGUGUAGACAAUGACAUCAGAGAGAAGAGUGAUGCUUCCAAGUGAAAUGGAAUCAAGAAAAGGCUAAAAAUCACAAUCUAGGACACCAGAACAAAGAGAAGCUAAAAGAGCAAAUUGAGGCUCAUAAGAAUGAUUUCAAAGAGUAAACCGAAAGAGAUAUCAGCUCAACAAAGGACACUAAUAUGAGCCAAUAAAAAUACAACCAAAUAAUAUAUUGACUAAAAAAGAUCGAAGAACAGUGAACCUCAAAACAGCAAUGUAUAUUGAUUGAUUGACCUGAAAUCAAUAUUAGAAGAAUGCAAACAACAUAACUUAAAAUCAAAAGAUGAGUUGAAAUUUCACAUAUCAAUUCUCAUGUCCAUCAUAUCCUUGGUCUAUGCCUAUUUCUACUAUAUUUCAGAUGAACAACAACUCACAUCAUCAAAAAAGAGCUGCUGCUGUCAUAUGGAUUGGGCAGUGGAACAAAAUGUGACUCCAACUGCCCUACUAUUUUGGAUAGUGGUGUCACUGAUGAAGACAGUGCUCCACCACCUAUUUUGUAUAUUGCUACCUGAAAUCAAAAUGCAAGCAUUGAAAAGUCAAAUUAAGUAAUCUGGGGUACUAAUAUUUUGUGCUUUAAAAUUCAGAGAAAAUUCUUAAAAAAAAUAAUAUGUCACCUCUCAAUCUUCUACUUUCCAUUCUGAGCAACACAGCUAUCUGCAUGUAGCAGCAUGUCAGUUUCACCAUUGCCCCUAUACUAAAAAAAAUGAUGGAGCAUACUGACCACAGCAUUGGCCCCUUUAGAUACAACCACUAUCUCAGGAAUAAUGUAAUUUUGUUGUUGCGAUUUGUUUUGCACAUUAUUCCAAAAAUUCCUUUUUUGUAGGGAGCUAGGAAAUAUAUAGGACCUGGUUGAAGCGGUAGUCCAGACAAUGAAUGCUCAAAAAACGGUAUAGAGGGGAAUGUUGGGAAGACAAUUUUAGACCCCACAGUUCUGUUUGGGGUAGUAAGGAGGUAAACAUAUCAAAAGUCCCCAUUCCUAACUCAUGUGCUAAGGGGAUGAGGGUGGUUUAAAAGUUGCAUUUUUAAGCAUCUUCUUCCACGCUCAUAAAUCUUGAGAACAAUGCAUUUAACGGACAUAACUGACUAUUCAAAAAUGAAGCUUGAUAAAUUCUCUACACUUUUUGUUCACUGAAGUUUUGUUAUAUUCCCAACAGUUCCCGAGAUAUUUGCUCCUGAAUGUGUGUAAUUGUUAAAAUAACAGGUUUUUAUCCAAUGUUUUGCUGUUAAGGGUUUAUUACUCUCCAACAAUACAUCAUAGAAACUGAUGCUUAUUGUAGGUUUAAAGAGCAUUGAAAUCUAUCUGAAAUGAUAUAUUAUUUCACUAUUCCAAGUUCUCCUCUCAUUGUUAAGCCUUGUUUACAUUGGUCAAGUUACUUGAAUCAAGUUAACUUGAUUCAAGUCAUUUUGAAUCAAUUUUGGUGUUUACACUAUAUGAACGAUUUUUGCAAACUUGAAUUCAAGUGGAGGGAUUGGUGACAUUCCCAAUAAUUUUGUGUAAUAAUUGUUGUUGUCUGCAGUGAAAAUGGCCGUCACUCCUGAUGAUGUAGCUGAUGCUCUCCGUCAAGUCAUUGCACUGGUAGUACCAUUAGUGCCAAGUACAAAGGAAGAGUGGGAGUUGGUGCAACAUAAAUUUGAAGUGCAGUGGAACUUUCCCAAUUGCAUAGGAGCAAUUGAUGGGAAACAUGUCCAAAUUAAGUGCCCUGCUGAGAGUGGUUCGAUUUACUACAAUUACAAGGGUACAUUCAGCAUCAUACUGUUCGCAUUAGUUGAUGCCGAAUACAAUUUCUUAUACAUAGAUGUCGGUGCUAAUGGAAAGUCAAAUGAUGAUGCAGUUUUUCAAGCAUCAACAUUGAACAUUGCAAUGGAACGUAACACCCUUAAUUUACCACAGAAUGCGGUUGUUGUUGCAGAUGAUGCAUUUCCUCUAAGAAAGGACAUACUGAAACCUUUCAGCAAACAUAACUUAACAAUUUCAGAAAGAAUAUUCAAUUAUUGACUUUCUAGAGCUCGUAGAGUUUCGGAAAAUGCUUUUGGCAUUUUAGUUGCUAGAUUUAGAGUAUUCGAACGGCCUAUUGCAUUGAUUCCUCAAACUGUAGAUUUGGUUGUCAAAACUUGUUGUGCACUUCACAACUGGCUACGCAAAUCAUCAGGGAAAUAUUACCUUCAUCCUUCAUCUGUAGAUGUGGAAGACAUGACAACAUGCACAAUCAUACCAGGCACAUGGCGCACCACUACAUCAUGGCGCAAUACAUCAUGUCUGUUGAGGACAUCGAAACUGACUUCGACAAAUGCUUACAAACAAGAGCUCAAAAAGUUUAGAGAGCAGUAUGAAAAUUUCAUGUGUUCAGAACAAGGGUCACUACCAUGGCAAUGGAAGUGGAUUGGUGCUGAUCAACCAUCGAACAGCCUUUAACUUUGUACAAAUGUAAUAUGUUAGCCUUUCCUGUAUGUUGUAUGCUGAAGGUACUCAGUUAAAAUACUAUUACUGCAAUAUUUGUAUGUAAAUAUGUAACUUAUAGUAUAUAAAAGCAUUUUAUUAAUAAAUUAUUUGUAGACAUAAAGAAAUGUAGUUUUUACUUACCAGAGUUGAAGUAGAAGGUCGGCUGGAUGAACGACCCAUUAAAAACUUUACAGCAUGGAACCAGCUAAGUUUAGGUUCGUACAGUUCAUCUGCAGCUGAACCUGAUUUUUUGGAUUUCACAAUUUUAAUGCAUUCUUGGCUGACAAUGGUUUUGAUUAGUUUUAUUUUGGCUCUUACCACAUCCAAGGUGAUGUCGGGAAAAUUGGUUUUCAAUUGGUCUACCAAACCUUUAAAUCCGGCAUCUCUUAAAUUCCUAUUUUUAUAUUCACUCAAACCCGAGUUCCACAGUACAGGAUAGUUUUCAUACACCUCCAGGAACUCAAUAAUUUGAUCACUUGUCCACUUAGCACUUUUUGAACUCAUUUUUAGAAAGAUGCUUUUAACAUUAACAAUAACAAAACAACACCACUCAACGUGACACUAGAUUUUUAGGUUAAUCCUUGAAGCAAGUGAGCUUGAAUGUGUGUUUACACUGGUCAAGAGACCUCCCUACUUGUUUCAAGUGCAGCCAACUUGACUCCAAAAAUCAAACAUGUUCAACUUUUACUUGACACUUGAAUCUAGGGGUCAAGCACUACUUGAACGAGGUAAAAAUCACUUGAAGAAGCAUUUACACUGUUCAAGCACAGUUCAAGUUACUUGACUCCAGUAAACUUGAUUCAAGUAACUUGACCAAUGUAAACCCCGCUAUAGAGCAGCUUCAAUGUAGGGGGUGAAAUUUUCAUUGCUGCAACAAGUGUCAACUCAGCGGUUCCUCAACUUCAACAGAGCAGAUAAAGAUGCACACUUUUGCUAUUUUCACCUACCAACUAGUCCAAAUGAAGCUACAAAGUCAAAAAUUCUGUCACAGACACCCCCUUCAAAUGCCA